AUGGAUGAAUGGAUGGAACUUAUGUCUAAAGAAAAAUUAGAAGAAAAGGCGAGGAAAUGGCAGCAGAUGCAAUCAAAGAAAUAUGGUGAAAAAAGAAAAUUUGGAUUUAUUGAACAUGAAAAAGCCGACAUGCCACCAGAGCAUAUACGAAAGAUUAUUAAAGAUCAUGGAGAUAUGUCAAGUAAAAAAUAUAGGCAUGAUAAAAGGAUCUAUCUUGGCGCCUUGAAAUAUGUACCACAUGCUGUUAGAGAGGUACCAGUUUUGUAUCACAUUACUGGUGCAAUCACUUUUGUUAAUGAGAUACCUUGGGUAAUAGAGCCAGUAUAUAUUGCACAAUGGGGUACAAUGUGGAUUAUGAUGCGCAGAGAAAAAAGAGAUAGAAGACAUUUCAAACGUAUGCGAUUUCCACCAUUUGAUGAUGAAGAGCCUCCUUUAGAUUAUGGUGAUAAUAUUUUAGAUGUAGAGCCAUUAGAAGCAAUUCAAAUGGAUUUAGAAGAGGAUGAAGAUGCACCAGUUUACGAAUGGUUUUAUGAUCAUAAACCUUUAUUAGACACAAAAUUUGUAAAUGGUUCAACAUAUAGAAGAUGGAAAUUAAGUCUACCUAUAAUGUCAACUUUAUAUCGGUUGGCACAUCAACUUCUUUCAGAUCUUACAGAUCAAAAUUAUUUUUAUUUAUUCGAUUUAAAAUCAUUUUUCACUGCUAAAGCCCUGAAUAUGGCAAUUCCAGGAGGUCCGAAAUUUGAACCAUUAUAUAGAGAUAUGGAUACUGCCGACGAUGAUUGGAAUGAAUUUAAUGAUAUCAAUAAAAUCAUCAUACGUCAACCUAUACGUACCGAAUACAAAAUAGCUUUUCCAUUUUUAUACAAUUCAUUACCACGUUCAGUACAUGUUUCAUGGUACCAUGAACCAACAGUUGUCUACAUCAGAGCUGAAGAUCCUGACUUACCUGCAUUCUAUUUUGAUCCUAUAAUUAAUCCUAUUUCUUCACGUAACAUUAAUCCUCAAAAUUUAAAAAUAUCACACGAGGAUGAAUUAUUUGGUGACAAUAAUGUCGAUGAAGAAUUUACAUUACCGGACAAUAUUAAAUCAUUCUUAAAGGACCUACCUCUUUACACUGAUACUACUGCUGAUGGAAUAGCACUAUGGUGGGCACCUCAUCCAUUUAAUAAAAGAAGUGGCAGAAUGCGUCGUGCUGAAGAUGUUCCUUUAGUUAAAAAUUGGUAUCUUGAACAUUGUCCUCCUGGGCAACCUGUUAAAGUUCGUGUAUCCUAUCAGAAAUUAAUAAAAUGUUUUGUGCUUAAUGCAUUAAAACAUCGCCCUCCAAAAGCUUUGAAUAAGAAAUAUUUAUUCAGAAAUCUCAAGUCAACAAAAUUUUUUCAAACUACUGAAUUGGAUUGGGUUGAAGCUGGCUUACAAGUCUGUCGCCAAGGUUACAAUAUGCUCAAUCUUUUAAUUCAUAGAAAAAAUCUAAAUUAUCUACAUUUAGAUUACAAUUUCAAUUUAAAACCGGUAAAAACUCUUACAACAAAAGAAAGGAAAAAAUCACGAUUUGGUAAUGCUUUUCAUUUACAAAGAGAAAUUUUACGAUUGACCAAACUUGUUGUUGACUCACAUGUUCAAUAUCGUUUGGGUAAUGUUGAUGCAUUCCAAUUGGCUGAUGGACUGCAAUAUAUUUUUGCACAUGUUGGUCAACUUACUGGAAUGUACAGAUACAAGUAUCGUUUGAUGAGGCAAAUUCGUUUGUGUUUUAGUGGUGAUACGGAAAUCAUGUUGUCUAGCGGUAAAUUUAAACAGGCAAAGGAUGUAACUGUUGGAGAUCGGGUUAUGGGCGAUGAUGGUGAUUAUCGUCUUGUUGUUUCGCUUACAAGAGGUCAUGGCGCUAUGUAUCGUAUAAAGCAUGUAAAUUCAAAAUCAAAAUACAUUCCUUGGGAAAAUGAUGGAUUUGUUUGCAAUGGUGCCCAUCUUUUAGUACUCAAAUCUAAAUUCUAUCCAAUAAUAAAUGAAGAUGAAAGCAGAAACUUAAUCACCGUUAGUUACAUGACAUUUAAUACUUAUGACCAACAACUUGGCAUAAUUGUUCCAACAAUAUCAACCAAAAACAUUUCCUAUAUUCGCCAAUAUGAAUAUAAGAAUGCUUUACUAUUUGCUAGUAAUUUUGUAAAACAACAGCUUGAAUUUAUCAAAAAUUAUAUUUGGGAAGUUUCUGUCGAGAAUUAUCUUAGAUGCCAGGAAAAAUAUCCAUUUAUUGACAAAUAUAUUAGAAUGUAUUAUCGUCCUGUUUUAAAAUUCCCUGAUCCAAGUGCUUUAAACAUCAAAAAUUUGAUCGAAGAAUCAUACAACGAAGCGGGUUUUUAUGAAAAUUAUAUUGAUGAGUGUGAACUUUCAUGGUUAUUAGGUGCAUGGUUAGGCAGUGGUGACCCAUCAAAACCAAUAAUACAUGUUCAUCUAGACAAUUCACAAGAUGUAAUAUAUAAAUUAAAAGAAAUUUCAAGUAAAUUACAACUUAAGAUGGUAAUUACAAACACAAUUGAUGAAUGUCUCAAGGGUAUUAUUUUAACUACUACAAUGGAUUCAACAAAUAUGCAUCACACCAUGAAAUACGAUGAUUUUGAAAUCCCUAUCGUUGAUAAUGAUAAUUCAAUGAUUGAACCUAUUCAGAAUGAAUACAACAACAUUUUCACUAUUAUUCUGAAACAAUUGGGGCUUUUUGGAAAGAAUAAAUUGUUUGAAGAUGAUUUGAUUUCUAAUUUAAUAAAUCAAUCAGAGAAUUUUCGCCUCAAUUUUUUGGCUGGACUUAUUGAUACUAGUGGUUAUAUUUCAUAUUAUAAACCAAACCGUUGUUGUUACUUUGUCACUCAAGAUAAUAAAUCUCUUCCACACAUAUCUCAACUUAUUCGACAAUUGGCAUUUUCUUUAGGAAUGAAGGCAACUAGACAAGAAUUUAAUGGCAAACAUCUUCACAAUAACUGUGAAUCAACAUGUACUGAAUUUAUCCGAAUAAACAUAAGUGGAUCAAUGAUUAAUGACAUUCCUGUUGUAAAUAAUUAUAAGCGCAUACCCGAAGAACAAAAAUGGAAAGCACACAGUAAUAGUUUGGACGAAUUCUUUAAAUUUGACAUUGAAUGUUUAGAUGAUGUUGAAUACCAUGCUUUUGAUGCAGUAAUUACAACGCCUAGGAUUUUAUGUUGA